UAGAAAAUUGAUCAUAAUUACUCUAGCCUUUUAACAGUUAAAUAACGAGAAUUCAUCGUGAUCAUUCAUUAUGAAAUGUUAUGAAAUGAAGUUGCGUAGACUUUUAAAAUAGCGUAAUUAAUUUUUUAUCAAACAUAAUAAACGAAGAUUAGCAACAUAAUCAAAUAAAAGCGACAUAUUUUCAUUCACUCAAUGUAUUACGUUUUUAUGUGGACUGAAAUAUUUACUAUAAUCCUAACCUAAAGCGAUAACAGUAAAUAAUAUUUUAAAAACAUUUUUUAAUAAUUGUUGCUUUUUAAUGUUGUAAUAAAACUUUAUUACAAUGAAUUUACCACGUAUAUUAAUAGUGAGUACCGAAAAAGGGAAAGCAAAUGAAAUUGCUACAAACGUAGGAGCAGAAAGGUUAUCUAAUCAAGAUUACUUUGAAUAUUAUUUAUGGAAUAUACAAAACAAGUAUUAUAAAACACAAGUGUUAAUAUGUGUUACGGAAAAUCCUUCUCCAGAUAUUUCAAUCGACGGUGUGGAAGCUCUUAUUAUACAUCAUGAUCCACAGGCAGAAAAUGCAGAUGAAAAUUUAAAACAAUGGUCAUCCCUAAUUGCUUCUUUAGCUGAAGCAGAAGUAUUAUUGUUUUCUUGUAACUUUAUAACAGAUGUUGUUAUUAGAGAUAAAGUGAUAAAAUGGUGUCUACAAAAUAAAUUUGAAUUGAUUGAAUUCAAUAGACCUGAUGUAGAUGCUUCAGAAGCUGAUUCAGAACAUAAUAAAUAUGGUAUCGAAAGGAUCAUUGAAGCUUUACAUGCUCAUAUGUGGCCUAAUAUGAUACUUAAAGGGAAACCACCAAACAUAGAUGACAGAAAUAAUGACAUGAAUGAAGUUGAAGAACAAUUUGAAAAUAUUGAAUUGAAUCAAGAUUCCACAGAAACAUUACCAAUGGAGAACAUGCUAGAUGGUAUUAUGGGAGAAGAAAAUACAGAUUUUGGUGAAUUGUUUAGUCAUUUAAGAGCUAUGAAAGAACAUGCAGCGUCGCUGCCAACUAAUCAAAGACGGAUAGCAGCCGAACAAUUAGUUACUGCUUUCUGGAAGGCGAUGGGCGGUGAUCCAUCAGAAAUGGAAGAUUAAUUUGUAUACAUCUAGAUACAUGUUAGAGACAUAAUUAUUUACAAUACCUUUUCGAUGUUAGUUGUUAGAGUAAAAUGCUAAGAAAACUGAUUCUGAAAUGUUUGAAACCAUUUCAAUACAAUUAUAAUAGUAGCAUAAGAAUGAAAUGGAAAGAUAUAGUAUUGCAUGUAUCCAACAUAUUUAAAUUUUGCAUCGAAAUUUUAUAGUAAAACUUUGUACAAUUUGUUUUACAAAUGUUUUAUACGUAACUUCAUAACUUCAUCGUAUAUUUAUUAAAUAAAUUCAUGCAAUCAGUG